AUGAAAUCUGAUCAACUGGGUCCCUUCACCUCAUACGAGCAUAUGUACUCCAGCAUCGACACAAUUCAGCUUGGUGAUGCACCAUGGAAAUGUUUUACUGUGAGCUAUACCGGGGAUGUACAGCCUAGUGAUCCCUCUUGGAAGUCGGCGGAGUACGAGGUCUGGUUUCGGGAUCCUGAGGUCAUCAUGACCCAGAUGCUUGACAACCCGGAGUUCAAUGGCCACUUCGAUUAUGCACCUUAUGUUGGUCUUGACAGAUCUGGGAAGCGGUGUUGGAGUGACUUCAUGUCAGGAAAUUAUGCUUGGCGUCAUUGCGAUAAAAUCUAUGAAGAAGAUCCCACUACAGAAGGAGCGUUGUACUGUCCCAUCAUUGCGGGCAGUGACAAGACAACUGUUUCUGUUGCAACUGGCCAUGUCGAGUACCACCCAUUUUACAUCUCUGGUGGCAACCUCUUCAACACAGUUCGCCGCGCACACCGUAACGCUGUCGCGCCUGCUGGUUUCUUAGUGAUCCCCAAAAGGAUGAUCAAACCUGUGGUCCGCCGCUGCCCUGAUGGCCAUUUUCGGCGUGUGAUCUAUGACCUUGCCACCUACAUCACCGAUUACCCCGAGCAGGUUUACCUUGCCAGAAUUGUUCAAAAUUGGUGUCCAAAAUGCACGGCUCUUCCAACAAACCUAGAUGGGUUGGCGGAUAGCCGCUCACGACGAUUCACAGAAGGGCUCGUCAAUGAGCUUGAUUCGAAAAGAUUAUGGGAUGAGUAUGGUAUUGAUGAUGACAUUACCCCAUUUACCUUCCACUUUCCACACGCCGACAUCCACGAAAUGCUGUCAGCGGAUCUACUCCAUCAAUUGAUCAAGGGUACAUUCAAAGACCAUUUAGUCCAAGGGGUCGGCGAUUACCUUUACCUCGAACACAGCGAAGCUCGGGCUAAUGAGAUUUUGGAUGACAUUGACCACCGUAUCGCAGCAGCACCAUUAUUUUCAGGACUUUGCCGCUUUCCUCAUGGUCGCCGGUUCAAGCAGUGGACGGGUGAUGACUCAAAGGCUCUCAUGAAGGUUUAUCUUCCAGCUAUCUCGGGAUAUGUACCCCCCAAAAUGGUGCAAUGUAUCAGCGCAUUUUUGGAUGCCUGCUACAUUGCCCGUCGAGCCGACAUCACUCAAGAAUCACUUGCCGCGCUCCAGACGGCCAUUGAGAGGUUUCACACACACCGUGAAACUUUUCGUACAUCCGGUGAGUUUGGGGCUCCUGGUGGGCUAUGUUCAUCAAUCACUGAGUCCCGCCACAUUACCGCUGUCAAACGGCCUUGGCGUCAUUCAAAUCGCUACGAAGCUUUGGGGCAGAUGCUGCUUACCAAUCAGCGGCUGGACAAGCUCCUUCGAGCACGCGUGGAUUUCGUUGAGCGUCGGAUGCUUCCCCCUUCCCAUUUGCCACCUCCAAAACCUAUCAUACCCCUCGGCGACGAUGACGAGGACACUGGCGUCAUCGACAAGUAUGUGACUGGGAAUGUUGCACUGGCAAGAACCCGAACUUAUCCACGCCGCCUCGCUGAGUUGGCCAACCACAUUGGCUGCCCUCCACUCGUUGAACUUACCCGAUGUUUCCUCUAUGACCAACUCCACACAGACGACGGCACCUCAUCAGCCGACAUACCCAUUCAGCAAUGCCCAUAUCCAACAAGCAAGGUGUCUGUCUUUCACUCUGCCGUCGCCACCUUCUAUGCACCAAGCGACGAGUCAGGCAUUCGGGGCAUGCGAACUGAGCGUAUACGGUCCACUCCAUCUUGGCGAAAGCACGGGCCACGACGCAAUUGCGUGUUAGUAGUUGAGGACCAAGACAAGCCGGGCAUGAGGGGGAUGAGUGUGGUCCGGGUAAAACUUCUCUUUUCAUUUGAGUAUGAUGGGAAGACAUACCCAUGUGCACUCGUCGAUUGGUUCAAACGUGUGGGCACGGCACCCGAUUCGGAAACAGGGAUGUGGAAGGUUCAACCUGAGACAUACCGGAACGGUCAAUGUAUUGUUUCCAUUCUCCACCUUGACACUUUCCUUCGUAGUGCACACCUCUUACCUGUUUUCGGGCAGGAUGUUCUUCCGUUUGACUUCCAUUUUUCUUAUUCACUCGAUGUGUUUGAAUCAUACUUUGUCAAUAAGUAUGCUGAUCACCAUGCUCACGAAAUUUGCUUUUAA